AUGUCGGACGGAUGGAUUUCAUUUCUAAUUGACGAGAUUGGCCUUUAUACCCUCUCAAAUUCCGGAAGCGAUGUAUACAUUAUCAUUCUUCUUAGAAUGAUAAGAUUAAUUGGCUUUGGUGCGACAUCUUUAAUCCUUGCAUUAUUUUUAAAAUCACUAGGCAUUCCAGAACAAUAUAUUGGUUUAUUUAUGACAUUGACAUUUGUUGGAGAUUUAGUGUCUUCAUUCUUAUUAUCUGUCAUAACUGAUCAAAUCGGAAGGAAAAAAAUGUUGCUUGCAUGUUCGAUAUUAAUGACUUUGACUGGGGCUGUUUUCGGUUUGUUUGAAAAUUACUAUGUUUUGGUAACAGCUGCUAUUUUAGGAAUUUUAACUCCCUCUGGAGGGGAGGUUGGACCAUUUAGAACAGUUGAACAAAGUUCUAUUGCAUCUUUGGUUCCUCAUGAGAAAAGAUCAGACAUUUAUGCUUGGUAUACAUUUUUGGGUACAUUUUGUGCUGCGUUUGGGUCAUUCUUAGCAGGAGCAUUGAUUGACAUUGUUCAGGACAACUAUGGAUUCACCAUAGUGCAAAGUUAUAAAUGCGUAUUUUGGGUAUACACGUUGUUGUCUGGUAUAUGUGUCAUUUUAUGUUUAUUCAUUACUGAAAACAUUGAAGUGAAACCAGACCCUGUGCCUGAAGAACCAGCAACAACGCCAGAAAAUGGUACUGAACCAACUGAAAGAACUCAAUUGGUACCACUGCAAACCGGUAAUGUGAACAGUAAACCAAAGAACAAGUUCAGAUUGUUGCCACAUUUAUCACCAGAUACUUACUUACUUGUUGUUAAAUUGUCUUUAUUGUUUGGACUUGAUUCGUUUGCCUCAUCAUUAACCCCAAUCUCAUGGAUUUCAUAUUAUAUUAAAAACAAGUUUGAUGUACCUUCAUCCUAUUUGGGUUCAGUCUUUUUCACAACUGGAUUUGUGAGUGGUUUCACAUCUCUUGGUAGUACACCAUUAACGAAAAGAUUUGGAGCAGUUGUGACAAUGGUUUUCACUCACUUACCAGCGUCAAUAUUGUUAGCUCUUGUUCCAUUCCCAUCGUCAUUCUCCUUAACCAUGGGUAUUUUGGUUGUUCGGGCAUGUACACAAACAAUGGAUGUGGCACCCAAACAUGUAUUCUUAGCAACCCUAGUGUCCGAUAGUGAUAGAACAGCGGUGUUUGGAUUUGUCAACGUUGUCAAAACUUUAGCACAAGUUGUGGGUCCAAGUAUUGUUGGUGUGAUCACUCAACGUGGUGCACAAUGGGUUUCCUUCGUUAUUGCCGGGUCAUUGAAGGCAACCUACGAUAUUGGAAUGUUGGUAACAUUUUUAACUUACAAUCGCCAUGCUGUACACUAG